AUGGCGGGGGCGCGCGGGGCGGCUCUCCGCCUCUGCCUGCUGCUGCUCGUGUGGCGGGGGGGGCUGCUGCGGGGGGGCCCCGUCGGCGCAGCCCCGGCGAGCCCCGAGGCGCCCUUCGGGGCCGGUCAGUUCUGGCAUAUCACUGAUUUACAUUUGGAUCCCACCUACCACAUGACAAUAAACCGCACUCAGGUUUGUGCCUCUUCCAAAGGGGCGAACGCCUCCAGCCCUGGCCUGUUUGGAGAUUUUAUGUGUGAUUCGCCAUAUAAACUUAUCUUGUCAGCUUUCAAGUACAUGAAGGAUUCCGGUCAACAGGCAUCCUUUAUGAUAUGGACAGGAGACAGCCCCCCUCAUGUUCCAAAGAAAGAACUCUCCACAAAAAUGGUCAUUGAUAUUAUUGGUAACAUGACUUCUACCAUAAGAAGUUUCUUUCCAGAACUUCAAGUUUUCCCUGCAUUGGGAAAUCAUGACUACUGGCCGCAGGAUCAGCUGCCUGCAUCUGUCAGUGAAGUCUACAGUGCUGUAGCAGAUUUCUGGAAACCUUGGCUUACUGAUGAAGCGGUCAGCACCUUGAGGAAAGGUGGCUUUUAUACACAAACAGUUCAGAGCAGCAUUACUUCACCACCACUUAGGAUAAUCAGUUUAAAUACAGUCUUGUACUAUAGUCCCAACAAUGUGACGCUGAAUAUGACUGAUCCAGCAAACCAACUAGAAUGGCUGGAACACAUACUAGAGAUGGCUCAUCAGAACAAAGAAAAGGUAUAUGUGAUAGGACAUGUGCCGGUAGGUUAUCUGCCUUUUGUUCGAAAUACAACUGCCAUAAGGGAAUACUACAAUGAGAGGUUGAUAGAGAUUUUUCGCAGGUACAGCAGUGUGAUUGCUGGGCAGUUUUUUGGACACACUCACAGAGACAGCAUCAUGAUUCUUCUGGAUAAACAGGGAAAACCAGUAAACUCCUUGUUUGUAGCACCUGCUGUAACACCAGUGAAGUCUCUAUGGCAGGUAGAUUCCAACAAUCCUGGCGUAAGACUAUAUCAAUAUGAUCCCCUCUCAUACAGCAUCCUGGAUCUUUGGCAGUUUUACUUGAACCUCACAGAAGCCAACAUGAAAAAUGAAUCAAAUUGGAAACUUGAAUAUGUGAUGACCAAAGCUUACGGGAUAGGGGACUUAAAGCCAGAAAGUCUACAUAAAAUGGUAAAGUGGCUCAGUGCACCACACAGCAAAUUGUUCCUGAAGUAUUACAACAACUACUUUGUAAGUUAUGAUGGAAACAAGUUCUGUGAAGAGCACUGUAGGGUCACCCAGCUCUGUGCGAUUAAGUGUUUGGACCUCACCUCUUAUACAGAUUGUAUUGGAAAUGAAGAUACAUCACAGUAUGAAUAA